AUGGGAAAAGAAGAGAAAUAUAUUCCGAGUGGGGAAAGUUGUCCCAGUUGGCUCUUGGAGCAGCCAAUAUUGACACGCCGGAAGCUGAGAAUCGUAUGUAUUGGGGCAGGGUACUCGGGAUUGACUCUUGCGCAUAAGAUACAACACGAGCAAAAAUUGGAAGAUGUGAUCGACUUCACGAUCUAUGAGAAGAAUCCCGAUAUCGGUGGUACAUGGUACGAAAACAAGUAUCCCGGAGCAGCUUGUGACAUUCCAUCCCAUGCGUACACGUUCUUGUUUGAGCCAAAUCCAGAUUGGUCGAUGUUCUAUUCUCCAGCACCUGAGAUUCAUGCGUACAUCAAACGCACUGCAGAUAAAUACAACUUGACUAAGAAUGUCAACUUCAACUCAAAAGUUCUCGAGACAAUCUGGGAUCAAGAAUCUGGAAAGUGGCGAAUCAAGGUUGAAAGGGAGGGUGAAGUCGUAGAAGAUGAGGCGGAUAUACUUGUUAACGGAACUGGAUUUUUGAAUAAGUGGAAAUGGCCCCGAAUCACAGGUCUUAAGAAUUUCAAGGGUAAAAUAGUACACAGUGCCAGCUGGGACGACACAUAUGAGUGGGAAGGCAAAAGAGUGGCAGUAAUUGGCAACGGCUCAUCUGGUCUUCAAAUUGUUCCAGCAAUGCAACCUAAAGUUUCGAAGAUGGUCAAUUACUGUCGUGGUCCUACGUGGAUCUCUGUUAACUUCUGUGCGGACAAGGCCAGGGACGGGAAGAACUUCAAGUAUUCCGAGGAAGAGAAGAGGGAAUUCAGAGAGAAUCCUAAAACGCUGUACAAGCUUCGCAAAGAGCUUGAAGUAUCCGUCAAUGGGUUUUUCUUCGGGAUGUACGUUGGUCACCCAUUUCAACAGGGAUUGGAGGCUGCUUGCAAAGAGUAA